UCGAUUUCUCACCAUCGUCAGUGCCGCGCCAACCGCUGACAAUAUCGCCUGUCGCGUCACCUUCCUCUCCGAAGUUUAUCGUAAUACCUUAUCGAGUUUGGUGAUUUCCAGUUGUUACUAAAAAAUCAAAACGAAUAAAUAACCCAUUUUCGAAUAACGAAUUGAAUGGUGUUGUGAACAAGUGAAUCGAUUGUUUUUAAACAUCCACCUUCCAGCGACGCGUGGCGGAACACAAAAACAAACUCUCGUGUCGUAUUUCGAAUGGUCCUCAGCAAUAAUUAGUUUGGUAAAAGUGAGUGUGUGUGCCGUGGACGCUUGGUGGUUCAAUUAGAACUAGUUUCCUAGGCUUUUGUUUGUACUGAUAUUGACAAAUCGCGUUGCCGCUACUUCUGGAUUUACGGAUGUUGAAAUUGGAGUCUCCCGAGGUGCGCAUGGCGCUUCCGCUGCCGCCUCGGGCUCCGGACCCCGCGACCCUCGCCGCUUACUGGACGGAAUGCGAGGAGUACCUCUGUCGGCAGAACAACGCGACUCAACAUGAUGAAGACGAUAACCAUUAUGAAGAAGGAGAAUUAGAAACGGAAUGGCUCCAAGCGGCCGGCCUGGGCUCCCUGGCGGCGCCGUUCCAGGCUGGCCUGGAGGUCACCGAGGCCCAGCUGGGUGAAGCCGUGAGGCCACUGCCCAGGGAACAGGCAGCAGCGGUCAGGCGACGAGUGAGGAGGCUCAACAGGACAGUGAGGAGGAAGAGAGCCGCGUCGAGGGCCAGGAAACCAGAUAUCAGAGACGUGUUUCGGGACUUAGAGAAUUCGAGCGGCAGUGAGCCGAGGUCGCGCAGUGCGACGCCAGACUCAUUGGACUCGCUGCCCAGCGGUGGGUCGGGCAGCCCACCGGCCGAGUGGGCUGAUGGAGCUACACCGCCAGACUUCGUUGACAGUUUCCAAGCAGUGGGCACGCAUGCGCCGCUCGCGCGCACGCCGUCCGCGCCGGCUGCGCCGCGGCGCAUGCGCCUGUCUCCCCCCGCCGGCGCGCACUCCCCCCCACUGCCCAUGCACGAGCUCUUCAAACCAAACGAUUUGCAUUUGGCUGACAUCGCUAGUAAUACCGAGGGCAUCGAGCUACUCGGCUACCAAAGGUACGGGACUGUCCAGGGACCAAGGAUCGGGAAGGAACGAAUCAACGGCUCCAUACUCAAGGAUAACGACCCAUUCAUAAGUAAACACGCAGCAGUGUCGCGGGCAAAAAGCGCGGCGUCCGGCCAGCAGCCGCUCAGCUUCGAGCACAAAUUCAACUUGGACAGGCAGAUGUUGGACCAUGAAGAGAUGUGGCCUGAAGAAGACAGUACCGUGGACAUUGAGAGCGUGUCAGAGCCUCAGCUCAAGCGUCUGCCUCCACUAUUGUGGCUAGAACUGACUGCGCUCUUUGACAGAUACUCUCUGCCCUUCCAGAAGAGAAAGCCGCCGAAGAAGAAGAGGAAAGAAGAGGGUUCAGUGUUCGGCGUGUCGUUGGAGACGCUGGUCCGCAAAGACAUGAUAAUGUGGGAGGAGACAUGGAGCUGCGUCCCCAGCAUCAUCAGGGCGCUGGCGGCCGCGCUGCGGGCCAGGUCCCAGGACGAGGGGCUUCUGAGGGUGCCAGGGAAUAAACAGAAGAUCGAAGCCCUGUGCCAGCUGAUCGAGCAGCGCUGGUACGUGGCGCGCGGCGCGGUGGAGGCGGCGCUGGCGCGCGCCAGCAGCCACGACCUGGCCGCCGUGUUCAAGCGGCUGCUGCGCGCGCUGCCGCAGCCGCCGCUCACCAUGGAGCUGAUGAGGCUGUUCUACAAUACUUACGCUCUCAGCGGCGCGACACAAGGCAGAGCUCUCAACUUGCUGGUUCUCCUUCUGCCGGCGGAACAACGCGCCACUUUAAGAGAGCUCCUGCGUCUGGUUCGCGAGAUAGUGAAGCUCAGUCACACCAACAAGAUGAGCGAGCACAACGUCGCCAUGAUCAUAGCUCCCACACUGUUUCCUCCCAGUUUACUGAUCAAGUCAUCAGACAGCCUGGAGACUCAGCUGGCGACGGCGGCUAACAGUUGUCACGUGACCGAAGCCCUAAUGCGCUGGUGCGACCAACUGUGGACCAUCCCCGCCUCCCUCCACUCCGCUUCGCAAAGAAAACCCCCGCCACACCGGCGGAACCACCACACUUGAAGCGACAGUUCGGAUUUUGAACUGGUUCGAAUUUUAAAUUUUGAACUGGCCGCUGGUGUCGAGACCAUAUGUGAAAUGAGUUUUUAAGUAGAAAAAAAAAUAACACCAGUGCGUAUGGUGGAUUUAAGGCUUGGUAUCGACUAAAGCGAAGAAUGUCUCUGUUUUGCUAACACCUAAACUAAACCUUAACCCUGAUUUAGUAAAAAAAAAGGCUUCGAAACUUAAAUUGACUUAAGUAGGCUUAAAUGAUUUAAACCUAAUUACCGAAUGAAUAAGAUUCAAUUUUUUGUUGGCAUUAUUUGCGCUGCCUUUAAAAAGGCUUGAAAUAUUCUUCGCUACGGUCGAUAUUAUACCUUAUUUAAAGCAAUAAUGUUCGUGAGUCUAUUGUAAAUUUAUUAAUUAAAAGAUUGAACGUAUCAGUCAAAUUUGUGCUGUGUUAAGUUAUCCUGAACGUUUUAGUACUUAGGUUAUCUACCUAUAAGAGUCUAAUCGUGGUUGUAAAUGAAACAUCUACACAUGUAUUCCGACAAAUGAUACCUAUAGAUCGAAUUUCAAUCAAAUAUAGUACUUAUAACCAAUACAAAAUAUGCUUUUAAAAAUCGCCACGAUGAAUAGUUAAUAGUUUGUAAUUCUUGAGACAUUGUACCAAGUUUCAAAGCAAACGCUACUUCAAAAUUUUCCAAGACAAUGAAAAGUCGGCUACCGAUAAUUAAAAACGUUGUUAAAAGUGAUUUUUCUACACAGUGAUUUUACUACAUAAUUAAUGUACUCUUGAGGUAGCUAAUCUAAGUUUAAGUGAGUGAUAUGAAUAUUUAAUUAUACUUAUACUCAGUGUUAAUCUUGUAGUUAACGCAUUUAGUGUGGUAUUAUUGUGAAUGAGAUACCAAAUAUUCAUUAUCUAUGUAGUGAUAUUAUAAGUUUUCACUUCCCUUACAUUGUGAUUACUUUGAACAAUUAUGGAUUUAUUCCUAAAAGAAAAAUAAUGUGAUUAAAUUGGAAUAUAUUCCCAAACAUUGUUCUGAGAAUUUACAAUGUGAUUUAUUUGGGAAUAAAGGACUUUUUAGUAAGUGUGGUGUCUUAAAAAUAAAAUUCCAAUUUUAUAGAAAUUUUUUUGGUGCCAUUGUUAUAUUGGAUAUUUUUUAGUUACCAUUCGGCAGUGUAGUGACGUGGUGCCCUUCCGAUGAUAUUUUGAUAGUAAUUCUCACCUUUACACAAUUCCAUCUUUUUAUGUUUAAUUGUAAAUAUUUCGCACUAUGGUUUUUGUAUAAUAUUUUACCAAUACUUUGACUAAGCAAGCAAAGACUGACUUGGUGUAUUAUUAAUAAAAUAUUAUUGAUAUUUUGUAAGUGUAUUUACUUCCAAUAUUGAAUAAAACUUAUAUUAUUUCCAA